AAGGGGUUCAUCUCGCAGGCCGUACAGGUCUCACCCGAAGCAUCCAUUGCCUGGGCCGCGGUAUCCCUCGUCCUUCCGCUUCUCACAAAUCCCUUGACUGCAGCGGAAGCCAACCGAGACGGGUUCAGUUACGUCACCACUCGGAUGCGCUACUACGCGGCCUUCGAGUCCGAGCUCUUCCGCCUUGGGCAGAGCCGCGGUGAACAGGUAGAGGAGGUGACGGUGCAGAUUGUGGAUCUCUACGAGCAGAUCUUGGACUUCCAGCUCCGGAGCGUCGUCCGAUUCUACGCAAACCGCUUCAAAGACUUCUUGCGUGACGUCGUGCUUUACGACGGCUGGAAUGAGAAGGUGCAGAAAAUCAAGGAGAUGGAAGAUAUGAUCUUCCGAGAGCUGACCCAGAUCAAUGAUUUCGCAUCGCGAACCGAGUUAGAAGAUCUCCGAAAAGCCGGCGAGGAG